CGUUCUUGCAGUUACAGUCAAAAAUCCCUGACUUAAGCAUCGGCGCUCAGGCUGUCAGGUGCUGCUACAGCUGAAACUCUCCAGAAAGGGGCUGCCUCGCUCAAUAUUAACUAACGUUACAAUAGCCUAAUGUCUUUCAUCAUGAUGAAGAAAAAGAAAUUCAAAUUUAAAGUAGAUUUCGAGUUGGAAGAACUGUCGUCUGUGCCAUUUGUGAACGGUGUUUUGUUUUGUAAAGUCAGGCUGACGGAUGGAGGCUUCACAGGGGAGUCGUCAAGGGAGCCGGUUCUAGCAAACUGUGUGCGGUGGAGAAAGAGGUUCUCCUUCUUGUGUAAGAUGAGCGCAAAUGCUGGAACUGGAGUUUUGGACCCAUGUGUGUGCAGAGUGUCAGUGAGAAAGGAGCUUAAAGGUGGCAAGACGUUUGCGAAGCUUGGCUUUACAGAUCUGAAUCUGGCUGAGUUCGCUGGUUCAGGCAGCACAACGCGGCGCUGCUUGCUAGAGGGCUACGACACCAAGCACACGCGCCAGGACAACUCCAUACUCAAAGUGAUUAUCGGUAUGCAGCUGAUGUCAGGUGAUCCCUGCUUCAAAACGCCUGUAUCCACAGCAACGACCUUUGGCAUCCCUGGAGAAGCUGAGAGUCUGGAUGAGGACAGAAGAGCAGAAGAAACAUCAAAAUCAGCUCAUGAGAAUCCAGGAAAGAACCGUUCUGGCACUGUUCUUGAGGACCUCUGGGGAUGUGGUCACUCUAGAACCUCCAGCUACGCCAGCCAGCAGUCAAAACUAUCAGGCUACAGCACAAGUCACUCAUGCUCCUCUAGCUUGACGGAGCUCUCCCACAGGCGGAACGUGUCAGUGGGCAGUGCAUCAAUAGGGGUGGGCAGCCUACCAGAGGUCAACGAUGACAGAGAGCCCAUCCUUUCACAUCCCACUUCCUCUGCAGCCAGCGAUCCCCAGCAUCUUAGUUCACCCUGCACCAGCACAGACAGGGCCUACAGGCACCUAGUAAAGCAAGAUUCAAUGGAAUCCCAGUUGAAAAGAAUGGACACUACCAGAGUAGAUGCAGACGACAUUGUAGAGAAAAUCUUACAGAGCCAAGAUUUCAGCCACAGUAUACUGGACUCCAGUGCUGAAGAGGAAGGUCUGCGGCUGUUUGUUGGCCCCGGCGGCAGCACAGCGUUGGGCACACAGCACACCAGGGUUGGCGCCGGUGCCUUUGAGCAGGUGAUUAUUAAGCGCUAGGCAGAAUUUGAGCUGGACCCAGAUGAGGCAACAUCCUGUUUAGACAGGGAGUGAUGGGCAAAGUGGCAGAAGUUGUUUAACUUCACUCCAAGACAGGCAGCCAACAUACUACACUGAAAACAAAUCCAGUGGUGCAGUGCUCCCUCUAGUGGUCAACAAGUUUUGGUCCACUGUUAACAAGCUCAAAUAAAAGAGCGUCGCUGAUCUGCAGGAAUACGUUUUAGAUUUUAAUCCACAGUUUCCUGAUAUCAGAAAUUUGAUCAAUGAAAAUGUUAUGAUAGUAUGGUAUUCCUACACAAAAAAGAAAAACUUUCUAUUCUUAAAUGUAAGAAUUUAACGUAACAUGAACAUAAUUUUUUUAACCAGUAUUAAUAGCAUUUUACUUCACAUUCAUUCUUUGAUAUCAAGUGGAUUAAAACCUAAAACAGCUUGCCAACCUUUACAGCUGGUCUGUAAUAUAGUUAAAAUGGUUUAAUUUGGUUUGCACGUUUGAUGGCAACAGUGUAUUUUCAUUACUCUUUAAAGAGGAGCACAAAAGAUGAACUGAAACCCUCAGAAACAGAUUGGAUGUUACUGUUUGACAUUUUUAUAAAGGAUUUGUUUAAGCACUUUGUCUUUUAUGUGCAGUUUGGCAUUGUGUCCUUGUUCUAAUUUAUAUUCUUACUGCUAGUUUUCUCAGCCUG